AGUAAAAACAGGGUGCUCGCUGGCUGGCUGCUUGCGGUGCUCGCUGGGAAUAAUCAACAACUUGCCGGUCACUGGUCAUCGGACACCGAGGAUGGCCCUCAGCUAACCGGCCCUGUGCUACUCUGUUGUCGGGCGGAUUUACUGACAAACCACGGCUAGCUGGGUUAGCUAGCCGGCCGAGGAGCGCAUAGCAAACUAGCUAGCUGCUAGCUGCUAGCUGCUAGCCACCUAGCAUCCUCACUGGACUGAAGGCAGCAGCUAUGUUCGUGCAGGAGGAGAAGAUCUUCGCAGGGAAAGUGUUGAAAAUACACAUCUGCACCAUGGACGGGACGGAGUGGCUGGAGGAGGUGACGGAGGACACCACUGUGGAGAAACUCAAGGAGAAGUGCUUGAAACAUUAUGUGCACGGAAGUCUAGAAGACCCCAAAACACUUACCCACCAUAAACUCAUACAUGCUGCUUCAGAACGAGUCCUCACAGACACCAAAACUGUCGCUGAGGAAAAUCUCAAAGACAAAGACGUUUUGCUGCUCAUAAAGAAAAGACCGCCACCAACACCUCCAAAGAUGGCGGAAGUUAGUACAGAUGAAAAGAAGAAACAAGAUAACAAGGCUCCAGACAAAGAUGCAAUUCUAAAAGCCACCGGCAACCUGUCCACACGCCACACUGACCGCACCGUUACCCAGCACAACAUCAGAGAUUUUCAGACGGAGCUAAGAAAAAUCCUGGUUUCUCUCAUUGAAGUCGCCCAGAAGCUUCUUGCCUUGAACCCUGACGCUGUUGAACUUUUCAAAAAGGCCAAUGCGAUGUUGGAUGAAGAUGAAGAGGACCGGGUGGAUGAAACAGCCCUUCAGCAGCUCACUGAGAUGGGAUUCCCUGAGAGCAGAGCCAUCAAAGCUCUUAGAUUGAACCACAUGUCAGUCACUCAGGCGAUGGAGUGGCUCAUCGAGCAUGUAGAUGACCCCACUGUAGACGCACCCAUACCUGGCCAGGACUCUUCUGGGGCAGCGGGAGCCACGGCUGCAGCCACACCGGGGCCCUCAGUGCCGGCCUCCGUUCCUAACCUUCUCCGCAGCCUCUCCAGCCAGUCGAGCACAGAAGACAGCAUCAGGCAGGACGAGCUCACAGAGAUCUUCAAGAGGAUCCGCAGGAAACGGGAGUUCAGACCGGACUCAAGAGCUGUCAUUGCAUUGAUGGAGAUGGGGUUUGAUGAGAAGGAAGUGGUCGAUGCUCUGAGGGUGAAUAACAACCAACAGGAUGCAGCGUGUGAGUGGUUGCUGGGAGACAGAAAACCGUCCCCAGAAGACCUGGACAAAGGCAUCGACACCAACAGCCCGCUGUUCCAAGCCAUUCUGGAGAAUCCAGUGGUCCAGUUAGGUCUAACAAAUCCCAAGACCCUGCUAGCGUUUGAAGACAUGCUGGAGAAUCCUCUGAACAGCACCCAGUGGAUGAACGACCCUGAGACCGGCCCUGUCAUGCUCCAAAUAUCCAGAAUCUUCCAGACCCUCAAUCGCACAUAGAGCUUCCUAGUGACCCCCCCCACGUGUGACAGGCAGCUUGUGCGUGUGUGUGUGUGUGUGUGUGUGUGUGUGCGUGUGUGUGGAUGUGUGUUUAUCUGAGUGUGGCAGAGACACGAGUAUUGUUUUUGCCUUGUAAAGACAACGCUGGAGGGGUCUAAGUAUGAAUUAAGAUGUUACACAUAUAACUAUUUAUAACAGUACAGUAAAAACACUUAUACGAAACCAAUGUUAACAUAAACAUUAUUACAGUAAUAAUAAUAAUAAUAAUACAAAAGAUAUUUAGUAUGUUGUUUUUACAUUUUAAAGAGAACAGUUUAUAGUCAUGACAGACAUGAUUUAUUUUAAAUAAUUUCUCCACGUGCAGAAAUGACAUCAGACAUCAAUUUAAUGUUUACACUUCAAAGAGAACUGUUUUUGUAUGUUUUGCAAUAUUUAAAUAUCAAUUACAGUUUUAUCUGUCUCUUUAAAUUGUUACAUUUCAUCUGUGGUGAAUGUGUGGAAAACUUCUGUCAGCUUCACGUUUUUCUUUUUCUCCCCCACUUUGUCUUUGUCUUUUUUUUAUUCUUUUAAAUAUCAAAGUACCUGCUUCUAAUUGAGAGGCUGGUGGUCAAAGUGGAGUGUUUGUUCAGCUCGUUGAAAACAGGCGUUCAGACACAUUACCUCUCUCUCCAGUCACGCCUGCGAGGUCACCGUAAGCCGGCCGCCUCUCGGUUUAAAGCGGAGAACGUUUGUGUCCUUGAGCUUCUUCAAGAAUAUUUAUUUGACAUUUUUUUGCCUUUUUUUUUUUCUCUUCUUUUUUCUAGACAAAAGCUGUACACUAUACUGUUUGUGUCUUAGUCAUGUUUUUACAAGAAAACAAUAUAUUAGGCCUGUGUGUUUAUUGUCAAUGUGCUCUUGAAUGUCAUAUUUUAAUGUUGCGCUCAUUUAGCACUUGUUCACCUCGACGAAUAUCACUCACUGCAGCACUUACGAAGUCAAAAGAAGGGUUCAUGUCUCAAAACGCUGUAGUGGGGUGUUAAAUGAAGCUGAGCCUAAUCAAAAGGUGUUUUUUUUUUUUUUGCCUUUUUUAACCUUUGAAUUUGAAUGAUGAAGGUGCAUGCUCGCUUCUUGCUGCGAACUUGCAAGCAUCUUCACACACACACACACACACACACACACACACACACACACACACACACACACACACACA